AGGAAAGAUAAAGCGUGGUGUCUCCGGAUACAUCCAUGUGCGUGUCAAGCCAGUCUUUACAUUGGAACCCUCAGGGUUUCUUUACGCUCUUAUCAGCUGGAGGGAGUCAACUGGCUGGCCCAGCGCUUCCACGGCCAGAAUGGCUGCAUCCUGGGAGACGAGAUGGGCCUGGGGAAGACCUGCCAGGCUAUUGCUCUCUUCGUCUACCUGGCCGGGAGAUUAAACGACGAGGGGCCAUUUCUGAUCCUCUGUCCCUUGUCUGUUCUAAGCAACUGGAGAGAAGAAAUAGAGAGAUUUGCUCCAGGCCUUUCCUGUGUGACAUAUUCAGGUGACAAGGAGGAGAGAGCCCGCCUGCAGCAAGACCUGAAGCCGGAGCUGCGUUUUCAUGUGCUGCUCACUACCUUUGAGGUUUGCCUGAAAGACGCAGCAUUCCUAAAAUCUUUUCCUUGGAGUGUUCUCGUUGUGGAUGAAGCUCACCGCUUGAAAAACCAAAGCUCCUUGCUACAUAAGACACUUUCCGAGUUCUCAGUCGUCUUCAAUCUCCUGCUGACCGGAACCCCCAUCCAGAACAGCCUCCAGGAGCUCUACUCCCUGCUCAGUUUUGUGGAGCCAGAUGUCUUCUCCAAGGAACAGGUGGAGGAUUUUGUUGAGCGGUACCAGCAUAUUGAGAAAGAGCCCCAGUCAGCAGGUGAGCUGCACAGGCUCUUGCAGCCGUAUCUGCUGAGGCGAGUGAAGGCUGAGGUGGCCACAGAACUUCCCAGGAAAACAGAGGUCGUGCUAUACCACAGCAUGUCCGCGCUGCAGAAACAAUACUACAAGGCCAUUUUGAUGAAGGACCUGGAUGCAUUUGAAAAUGAAGUGGCAAAGAAAGUCAAACUUCAGAACAUCCUGUCCCAGCUUCGAAAAUGUGUGGGCCACCCUUACUUGUUUGAUGGUGUGGAGCCAGAGCCUUUUGAAAUCGGAGAGCACCUGAUUGAAGCCAGUGGGAAACUUCACCUGCUGGACAAGCUGCUGGCGUUCCUGUAUUCCAGGGGCCAUCGAGUUUUACUUUUCUCCCAGAUGACCCAGAUGUUGGAUAUUCUCCAGGACUACUUGGAUUAUAGAGGUUACAGCUAUGAGCGUGUGGAUGGUUCCGUGAGAGGCGAAGAGCGGCACCUGGCCAUUAAGAACUUCGGACAGCAGCCGAUUUUUAUCUUCCUGUUGAGCACCAGGGCAGGUGGGGUCGGCAUGAACCUGACUGCGGCCGACACGGUCAUAUUCGUGGACAGCGACUUCAACCCCCAGAAUGACCUGCAAGCAGCCGCCAGAGCGCACCGCAUCGGCCAGAGCAAGACUGUUAAAGUCAUUCGGCUGAUCGGCCGAGACACCGUGGAAGAGAUAGUCUACAGGAGAGCGGCCUCCAAGCUGCAGCUCACCACCGCCAUCAUGGAAGGGGGCCACUUCACGCUGGGGGGCCAGAAGCCUGCGGCCGGCACUGACCUCCAGUUGAGCGAGAUCCUCAAGUUCGGCUUGGAUAAGCUGCUGUCCUCCGAGGGGAGCACCGUGGACGAGGUCGACCUGGAGUCUAUUUUGGGGGAGACUCAAGAUGGCCAGUGGGUCUCUGCCGCCCCGACACCGGCUGCAGAAGGAACCACGGAGCAGGAGGAAGGGGAAAACCACAUGUACUUAUUUGAAGGUAAAGAUUAUUCUAAAGAACCUAGUAAAGAGGACAGAGAAUCAUUUGAGCAGCUGGUGAAUCUUCAGAAAACCCUUUUGGAGGAAACAAGCCAAGGAGGUCGGCUGCUUCGAAAUAAAGGCAGUGCUGUCAUGCCAGGGCUCGUGGAGGUGGCCAAAAGGAGGCGGGUUCUUAGCCCCGAGGAGCUGGAGCACAGGAGGAGAAAGAGACAGGAAGCCGCGGCCAAGAGGAGGAGACUGAUGGAGGAGAAGCAAAGGAAAAAGGAAGAAGCCGAACAUAAGAAAAAGAUGGCCUGGUGGGAGUCCAACAACUACCGGUCCGCCUGCCUGCCUUCCGAGGAAAGCGAGCCCGAGGACCUGACGGGUGGGGAAGACGAGCGCCCGGCCCAGCUGGAUCAUGAAGACCCGGACUCGACGUCCAUCAAGUACCUGAGCGGCGACGUCACCCACCCGCAGGCCGGGCCGGAGGACGCCAUCGUGGUGCACUGUGUGGAUGACUCUGGCCGCUGGGGCCGAGGCGGCCUGUUCACAGCUCUGGAAACACGGUCCACGGAGCCGCGGAAAAUCUACGAGCUGGCCGGGAAGAUGGAAGACCUGAGUUUGGGAGGAGUCCUUUUAUUUCCUAUUGAUGAUAAAGAGUCGAGAAGCAAAGGGCAAGAUUUGUUAGCUUUGAUUGUGGCUCAGCACCGCGACCACACCAACGUCCUGUCCGGCAUUAAGAUGGCGGCCCUGGAAGAGGGCCUGAGGAAGAUAUUCGUAGCAGCAAAGGAAAGGAAAGCAAGCGUUCACCUUCCACGCAUCGGACACACCACAAAAGGCUUUAACUGGUACGGCACCGAGCGGCUUAUCCGGAAGCAUCUGGCUGCAAAAGGCAUCCCGACCUACAUCUACUACUACCCUCGAAGCAAGACUGCCGGCCCGCCUUCUCCGGCCGCCGCCUCCGGGCCCCUGGUGCCUUAACUGGCCUUCGGUGUCAGCCUCAGCCACCAGCUGAUGAGCUACUGGAAUCGAGUAUUUCAAAAACGAACCCCCGUCUGAGGGGCCUCUGAGAUACUGUUUUCGAAAGGCCAGUUUUCUGCCCGUGGGUGUGCCACUCCGACCGGGGCCCGUGGUGCAGGGACGCACAGCUUCCCGGGCUCUAGCUUGAAGAGCCAUUUGCAUAAUAAAUUUUAUUUCUCUAAGGUUUCAUUGAUUUC